AAUAUGUAUGGGAAUGCUGAUAACUAUUACGGAGCAUUGUUUUCUCAACUCUCUUAUGGAAUGGGGGAUACAAAUAAUCCGGCAAUAGCAGCUCCUGUGCAGCAACAUGCGAAUGCAGUUGGAGGCAUUCCAAACUCUACAAAUGACAGUAGUUAUCUAGCUCUUGCGGCCGCUCUUGCUCUUGCGGCGGCCGUAGAUUUAUCAGCUCAACAACCUCAUUCAGUUGCGAACGCAGUCCCUCAAGCUCAGACAACGAGUCAGCAUACUUCCUCUCAGCAACAAACUACUGCUUAUUCUGUUGCCUUGAUGGCUGCGCUUGCUGCUGCCGCAGCGACCUAUCCUCAACCUUUGCAAACUAUGCCAAGCCACGCUACUGAUUAUGAUACUUCAAGCGGGCCAGUCUCAGCAAACGCUGCUGAUUACAUGAUGUAUUAUUCUGGUGGUGAUCCACAGUCUGUUGCUUCCACUAAUGCUGCAUCUUCUUACUAUGCCCAAUCUGCAGUUACUAACGCUUCUGGUUGGGCUCAGGCAGCUCAUGAUAAUCAGCAAACACCAUUCCCCGCAUAUCAUACGAAUGCUGUAGUACCUAUUUCCGAUGUAGCUGAACGUUGGAACAAUCAGCCGAUUAGAUCUUCGAGUGGUAAUGCAUACAUCGAUCAUCAGUCACCAUCACAAAACUCUUCCUACAUUAGGUCUCAACAAGCUUCUCAACAUUACGUUCCACCCCAUUUGAGGCACAGUCAGCAACAGGUUUCUUAUCCUACUGCAGUCAGCCACCCUCCCUAUACAGGAUUUAACCAAGAAAUGAUCACUCAGCAACAUCUCUUCGCGUCACAACAACAGGAUGUACUUGUCAAUGGGGAACAACAACUUGUGAACAAAUUUAACCAAUUCUCUAUUCAUUCUAAACCUGUUAGCAGUGAUGUCAGUUACGUCGGGAACAACACUGGCAUUCAUCUAGAUCUGUACGUGAGGGACCUCUAA